AUGGCUUCAGCAGCUUCCAUUUUGGCCCUUCUUCUGGUUUUCACCACAGCAGCUGUCGACAAGGUUGCUGCACGAGCAGCCCCUAAACCGCCAACGAAAUAUGUUCUUGCUAUUUUGGGAGAUAGCUUAAGCGAUACAGGUAACACUUUUCGUGCGGCAAAGGUCCCCGACACGGACUUCUACUGGCACGGCAGGUACACAGAUGGGCCAAACUGGGUGGACUACAUGCAGCCAGCAGUCAUGCAGAAGCGCGAGGUGCAGGUUUUCAACUACGCCCACGGCGCGGCUACUGCCUGCUCGGACAACCUCAUCAGCACCUACCUCCCGUUCGUGAAGGACCUGGGUAACCAGACAACAAACUUCGUAGCUGACGUUAUGUCGGGAGCAAUUUCGCCUGGCCAGUACGACAAGCUGAUUCCUGUACAGUGGAUUGGUCAGAACGACAUCAACAAUGCCCUGCGGCGGGCCCUUGAAGCUGGCUCGGCGCUCUCCGACACCGCCGUCGCCGCCCUGAUCCAGUCCCUUAUCAACUGCCGUAUGGUGUCGGCACGAACCCUGGCUGGCGUCCCUGGAGUCAAGGAUGUCGUACUGAUACCCAUGGCGCCCCUGCACGGCUCGCCUGGGGUUCCGGCUGCCUUCAAACCCAAGGUCAAGGAGGUGGUGGCGAUGGUCGCCCAGUACACGCUCAAGGCGGUGGCUGCGCUCCAGUCCGCACUUGAUGCCGCAAAAGCUGGUGUCAACGUGCAUUACCUCGGUGGUGACGACUUCAACUGGAUCGAGGCGGGAUUUACAUCGAUCCACCCGCCGUUCAAGCACAUGGAUGUGCCGUGCUUCUUAAACCCAACGAGCUCUAUGAGCCAAGUGCCGGAGAAUGCCACAGCAUGCGACGUCCCCACCGAAUAUCUCUUUUUCGAUAACGUCCACCCUGAGACACGCUUCCACCAGUGGUUUACCAACAAGGGCUUUCUUCCGCGCAUGCGCCAGCUGGACCUUCUGCCAUAAUAGCUACUGCCAUCACAACAAGAGGAAGCUACAGCGGGUAGUAGAUAGAGAGCACGCCGUGCUUGUCAUGAAAUACGUACAGAGCCGGUCAGUGAUGACGUUAUGUGUGCCUUGCUUGCCGGUAUGUACGUAUGUCAGGCAGCAGGCGUAUACGCAAAUGUUUGAUUACUGGCUGCUGGUACAUACAUACAGACUCUCCGGGUGCCAGGACGUGCGUGUAUGGCAUUCAACGGGCAGCAGCAUAAACACUAACGACGGCUUGAUAUGUGCCGUAGGCGAAAUGUCCUGUAUGUAUGCAUGUAUGUCUACCUGUUUCACGAUUCUAAUAUACGUGUACAGCAAAUUAGCGUUCGUCCUGAGUAAAUGUGUAAAUGCAUCACGACUAAAACUGCCAUAGAAAAGGACCGCUCGGCGGAUGCAGAUCCCGUGAUAUGCCCAGAAUACAACACAAAAUUCUCGACGGCAUGUCGAUCUUGGCAUUCGUG